AUGUUAUAUUUAUCUUUUUAGUCUUCUAUUACAUUUUAUCUUGCAAAAAAGCGUUCUUUGAAGUAAGAAAAGUCAAAAAAGAAAUAAGGAUUCCUCGUUCUGUUUAUGCUAAAUCUUUAUAGGAUAAGCUUAUAGUUAAGGUAGAUGUAUAUAAUAUUUUCAUCAUAGAAUAUACGGAAAUUUUCAUCAUAUAAUCUAAUGUUCUCAGUUGUAAUAGAAAUUUAUUCUCUUGGUUUUUUUUAUAGAGGGAACUAUGAAGAUAUUUUGAAAAUUGUUUGUAAACUAUAAAUAAAUAAUGCAAUCUAAUUCAUCGAAAAGAUAAAUUGCUGCUGUUAAACUUAUGUUAAAAAAUUCCAUUUCUUCUUGAACAGAAUAUAAUUUUAAUAUGAUUUUUCAAUUUUAUUGCUCUUUUUAUUUUAAAAUGGGAUUUCUAUUUUUUCAAGCUCACUAUUCACAGACCAAUUAGGAAAUUAGUAAUUAAUGACUCUCAAAUUAUAUGCCAUUUCUACUUUUCUUUUCUUGACAUUCAUCAAAAUGCUUUACCUCUUUUCUAAUUCUUCUUUCGCCUUCUACUGCUCUUUCUUUUGGUUCUCUAAAUAAACUUUUAGCAGCUCUAUUCUCUUUUUUUUAUAUUAAUUUGUGAUCUCAAUUUCUUUGGUUUAUAUUUAUAUCAUUUGCUUGAACUCUUCGUAGUCCUAAAUAUCAUCUUUAAUCUCACAUAAUUUUUUUUGGUAAAUACUUAUUCGCUCAAUAGCAUUUAAGUUAACUAAAUCUUAAAAUUUGUCUUUAGCUAAAUUCUUCAAUAGUUCUGAAUGUUCGUCAAUAAAUUUUUUCUGA